CCGGUCGUAAUAAUCUUGUUUCUUUUAAUGAUUUCAAUCAUAAUUUGGAAGAUUCACGAUGAGGGUGAGAAGAAUAAUGGAAAUAGCGAACUUCUGUUAAAUGCUUUUGGGAAUGAACGAAUUUCUCACGAAGACAAGCGAAGCAAACCGAAGAAGUAUAUAUCCUAUCAGCCUCCGGGAGGUGGCUGGAACAAUCAAAGAAUUGCUUUUGAGAACGCCGUGAUUAUGGCCGCUAUGUUGAAACGAACGCUCCUUGUACAUCCAUUAGCUCCUCACGAUUAUAUCUUGGAACUGAAGACGCGAUUCAACCAGUCAGCGGGGUAUACCAUUUACAAUAUGCUCAGAACAGAAGAAUUAAUUCCCAUUUCAAAGCUUAUCGAUCUCAACCGACUGUCAUCAUUACUGCCUCUGCAGGAAAUAACUUCAAGCCACAAUGAAUUUAAGAAGAAAUUCAGAAAUAGUUCGUGGUACAAAGUCUGCCAUAAUGGCCUAGCUUACGCUUGGGUAGAUAAAAUUCCCCCCGGGUUCGAUACGAGCAGUUUAAAACUGGAGAAGUAUAGUAAAUAUUUCAGAAAGGCUCAAAAAAUUGCAAAAUACCGUCAAGUGUGCUCAGAGAAAAGUGAAAUUGAGCUAUUGGGAAUUUGGGAAUUUCUUCGCGAACUGCGUAAACGAAAAGAAGACAUAAUUUAUUUUGACAAAGGAUCGCUUUUCGUCCGACAUAUUUUAUUCACAGAUUACAAGAGGGCCUUAGACGCACAAAGGGCACUUAUUGAUUAUAUCCAUCCAACAUUUGAAGUUUUACAUAAUGCUGAACAAAUAACAUCCUUGAUUGGAAAACCGUUUAACGCUAUCCAUGUACGCCGAAACGAUCAUAAAACUGGUAGACGGCUGGAUAUUCACUACUGGAUCUCACGAUUAGCUAAGGCAAAUGCAUUAAAAUACUCGAACAAACUUUACAUCGCUACAGACGAAACUGAUUUCACUUGGUUUUCUGCACUAAAAGAAGCAGGAUACAAAAUUUUCUUUGCAAAAGAUUUUGAUGUUUUUCGUGAAAUUAACCAAGCUAAUCCGGUAAAAGGCAAGGAUAUUGUAGGCUUUCAUGAGCAGGUGAUUUGCUCUUAUGCAAAGAUUUUUGUCAAAUCUUAUUAUUCCACAUUUUCACGAGUAAUUGAACGAUAUAGAGAAGUUGAACAUUGGGACAAGAAUCGUUUUAGAAAUCUUGUAUUUUCUCCUGUGAAAUGGUUAAAUAUUUAUCGACCUUAAAAUUAAAAGAACACCAGGACCUAGAUGAAAGUCCUACCCUACUACAUUUAGUUUAGUCCCAUAACGACUUACUCCCAUGAAAAUGCAAUUUCUUUAAAAAGAUCCUGAGUUCUAUAAUCAAUGUUUUGCCAUACGAACAUAUAUUAGAAAAUGCU